CCUUCACCACAAACAUAUAUAUAACCUCAUUUCUUGUCCUAAACAAUCAGGCAAAAGUUAAGCAGUAGUCUUUCAUCCCCAAAACAAAUUUACAUUUCAGUUUCUUGAUUGUUUUCUUUUCAAUCAGAAAUGGAUUUUCACAGCUUUUCAAGAAAAGAGCUCCAAGCUCUCUGCAAGAAGAACAAAAUUCCAGCUAAUAUCACCAAUAUUGCCAUGGCUGAUGCUCUCAAAGCUCUUGAGAUGGUGGAAGGACUUGAAGAGCUCUUGAAUGCACCCAGAUCAGAAUCCCCGGAGAGAACUACUAAUGCAGAGCCCAGAACUGCAAUCAGAACCUCAACUAGGAGGAACCCUACUAAUGCUGAGCCUGAAAGUUCACAAAUUUUGACUCGGACUCGCCGUGCUACAAGAAGAACUGGUGCAGAAGAAGCUGAACAAGAAAACAAAGAUGUAAAUUUACUUGUCACGCCGGCAGUCCCAGCUAGCCGGAGAAGGGUACCAGCCGCUUCAGCUCGCAGGAAAAUCGAUGCCCAAUUGUUGGAUACUGUGGAGGAUGUGAAACCAGUUGUUGAAGAAAAGAAUGAUGUGCCACCAGAGACUCCAGCAAUGCAAAGCACCCGCAGGAAGGCGACUGUGGCUUCAACGAGGAAGAAAAUGGAGGUGCAAAAAGAUGUGAAUUCGGUGCAGAGAGCCUAUGGUACAAGGAAUUCAGUGAGAUUGCUGGAGAAAAGCUUAGGAGGGUUGAGCUUAAAAGAGGAAAAGACAGUUGAUGCUGUGAAGAUUGAGGGGUUGUAUGAGGACAAUGAGCAAGUUGAACUAAAGAAGAAUGUGACUGAAGGAGAUUCUUGGAAAGAUGAGUCAUUACAAGAUGAAGGUGAAAUAAAGCAUGAAGUUUAUGAGGAAAACAUUACUAAUGAUGACAAUAAAGUGGUUGACAGUGUGAAGGUGGAAAUAGGUACUGAGAGUUGCACUAAAUCUGAUGGCCAUCUAGAACUAAAUGAUGGAGGAGACAAAUAUGAUGAUAAUUCGGAUGAAUUACUUCCCCUCCAAGUUGAAACAUCAGUGAAGGCAGUAGAUUUGAUUGAUGAAUCAAUUUGUGAAAAUGUUAUGAUAUCUGAAAACUCAGAAACUAUUGAUAAUCAAGAAUCUGAUUUGGAGCCUGAAACUGAAAAGGAAGUGAUUGACAAAGAGAAGGAAGCUAUAGACAAUCAAGAACCAGAUAUCAUAACUGGAAUUUCAGAAACUGAUAAUCAAGAAUCUGAUUUGGAGCCUGAAACUGAAAAGGAAGUGGAGGCUAUAGACGAUCAAGAACCAGAUAUCAUAACUGGAAACUCAGACAUUGAUAAUCAAGAAUCUGAUUUGGAGCCUGAAACUGAAAAGGAAGUGAUUGACAAUGAGAAGGAAGAAGCUAUUGACAAUCAAGAAUCUUUGAAUGAAGAGGUGUCCGAUAACAGUUCUCAUUAUCUUGUGGAGAUUCCUGUUAUGGAAUCUGCAGAAGAAGUUUGUGUUAAACUUGUUGAUUCAUUGAGCCCAAAUAUAACUGAAGUUGAGGGUGAAGUUUCUGUCCAAGUGAUGGACUCAACUGAAGUUGUGGCUGAGGAAGAUUCUGAUGGAGAUGACACCGAGGAAGAGUCUGACGGCUAUGUUUCCGAUGACAGUGAAGAAAAUGAGAAUAUGGAAGUAAUCCAAACUGAGAAGUCAGUGAUCAGGAGUGGGCUUGAGGAUAAAAUGUGUGAUUCUGAUGUAACUGAAGCUAAAGGAUCUUCCAUGGCAGCCCAAGCCAGUGGCUUGGUUUCUUCACCAUUUGCAGCGAACACAAUUCAGGGCCUGUUCCCUCGUCCAACUGCUUCAGCCAAGAAACAGAUGACAAAUACAAAGAUAAUCCCUACAGACAUUAACAAGGAGAACUUUUUAAACAAUGGAAUGAAAGUAGAGCCAAAGAAGAAAACCGCCAUCGAUGAGGAUAUCAGUCUAAGGAAGCUCUCUAAGAUGCUGCGAGAAAAACUGCAAAAACUAGAGAUUACCGAUAAGGACAACGAAGGAAAAAACGCCUCAGUCUUAGAGGUAGGAGCAAGAACAGCACUUAAGAAACUGCCAGAUAAUAUUGCAACUGCUGCUGCUGAGCCAGACCUGAACUGAAAAUGUCUUUAUUUGCAGAGCUCAUUUGUAUUACAAGCUUUGUAAUGAACAAGGGGAUUCAAACCUUGGUUUGAAUUCUUUUAUGGUUUUUUGUUAUAGGCUCACCCAGCAUUUCACUUAAGGGUGAUUUUGAAUCAAGACACAUUGAUAAUGAGAUAUUGUAAUUCUUUUUCACAACUACUAUUUACAAGUUUUCAAACCCAUCUUUUUCUUA